AUGAUACUUCGCAAAACCCUCCGUCUUUACACUAUUAACGUUGUCCGGGAGGUAUUUGUCGGGAUUCUUGUAAGCAGGAGAAGACUAGAGUAAUCCUUUCCGACUUGUGCGCUGUCAGUCUUGUUCAUAUUUCUGUGUUUUUCUGGCAAAGCCAAACAACUAAAACGGUACGUCAGUAGGCUCAUUCUGCCUGUAUCUCUAGUUGAUGCACAACUGUCCGCCGGGCUCUAAAUCGAAUCUCAAAGCAUGAUGAAACUAGUGGGUCUCGUAAUUUAAUCAGUGGGCGUACCUCCAACCAGUUUUAAGAGUCUUAAAAGAACAUUUACUCUGCACCAUCUCACGUGUUUCUGCUUACAAUAUUUUUGACCCCGGUGAACUUGUCUUUCGACCCCUAUUAAAACGGCAAAAUAUCGAGCUUAUUUGCCGGACAUCUCAUGUUGUUUCUUCCUGUCGUUUUGUGUUUUUUCCUAUCUAUACGUCAUCCUCGACGCUUUUUAGGCCAUCUGCCCCCCCCCCCCUGAACAGCGGGAAUUUCAAAGGAAGAGGGGCCUGGUUGUCAGCAGAGCUUCGGGCUACUCGGUGAAGAACAGUUAAACAGUCGUCAACUAAUGUUAGCUCCAGAUUAGAUAUGCUUCCGGCCCUGAUAGAUAAUCAUCCUCGGGCCAUACAAUGGUAAGAACUUCAGGCGUGCCUGAGUACCGAUCGCACAAAUCGAUUACCUGUAACACGUCAGGAGAUACGAUGAAAUCUGCCAACUGUCCAGUAAGGUUUCGCGGAAUGGAUUAAGUAUAUGCGCGGGGUAAGAAAAGACCAAUUGUUGUAUAACAAAUUCACCAACGUUUAAAAACUCCGGCCUAAACUGGCAUGUGUAUGCAUUCCAUCUACCAUCAUUUCCAGCAUUUUUCUACUACCUUACUGUUCUCCGCGCCGAAAGAUUUAAAUUAAGCUUUCUUACUAAAGAAUUACGCAUGGGUUGUGCAGAACAACCAACCAAUGUAGACAUUUAGGCAGUACCGGCUCCUUGGGGCGUCGCAGGUUAGCGAGUAUCAUCCUGCCGCCAAAAGUCUAACCAAACAUUCUGCAGAACAACAUAUUUUUUAAAAAGUAUAGUAGGCAGUCCUCCAAAGUAUUUCCUUACUCCAUGCAUAUACUUAACCCUUACCGGUUUCUCCGUUGCCGCACUGAUUUGGAUCCUAAAUGUAAGUGUGUAAUACCUGUUUUGCUAAGAGUUUGGCCAGCUUUACCGAUGCCGUAUCGCCAUCUAAAGAAGAAAUGCCAACAUGUGGUCGAGAGGGCACAAAACGCAAUCGCUGGAACAAGAAUGCCAUCCGCUUGACGUUUCAUAUUUACACCCGACUCCAUCAUUGGAGGCAUUUGAUAUGUUCAGUCAACACUUAGAUGUGUUGAGGGCGUUCCCUUCACAAUAGCGAUGGCAGGUUAAAAAUCAAUCAAAGGGUAAUUUUGACCGUUAGAAAGAGACUGAAAUUGGGGUUUAGUUUUGAAAGUUGCCAGCAUUUUUAUAGGCGGAUUUAUCGGUCAACGGUGUCACGUUUGGCUGGACGAAUACCUCAUAAAACACACAUGUCAAGUUUUUGCCAGAUGUCCAACAAACGAAAUCCUAACAUGCUGGUUUUUGACGGCUGAUAGGCAGGAAGCCUCACCGACAUAGGCCAGGGUGAAUGACGGGGACCCAAGUCAGUUAGUCAUUGAAAUGCGCCCACAUCAUUGUACUAAGUGGCUGACAUGGUAUCGGUUGGCGCCCAUCCGUCAUGAUUUCAGGACAGAAAUACGCUCCUCGAAUGCAUUUUGGAGCUUAAGGACGUAUAAUCGAGUUAGGUAUGUAACAUAGCGAUCAGUAAACGAUAGCAAAAGGCCAUGUUGUGAUUCACCAUUUUUUAUGAAUAUCGUCGAAUAUUUUAAAAAUUGUGAACACAAACUGCUGACAGAUUACAUCAACAAACAGGAAGCAGUUGAUUGGGUAAAACAUGGAGCCUUUUCGCCGUAUGCCGCUCGCUUAGGUCAGCUCUGUGUUGUUAAUUGAAAACUUUGGAAAUAAAUGCAAUAAGGAGCUGCAAUAUGUAUGCAAACGGAAGACACAUAAACAUUUAAAAUAACGGAACCGAGUCAUUGUACUCGGGCCGAUGGUUCAUUCCCAAACGUCGCCCUUUCAUUUCAACAGACCAGGAAGAAAUAGCCCAUUUCCAAAUGACACCGAUCUUGCGACGGCAGGAUAAUUGUUCUGUCCUUCAGGCUGAUGGUGGCGUCGUUGUGUUAGACCAAUUCAAAAUCACAUUGAACCCUGACAUGGAUCGUAGGUCGGAGUAAGUUCAAUGAGGAUUGUUGUUUAUUGACGCACAUGCGUAUGCGGCGAGUUAGACGGAGGCUGAACUCUGUGCCAGUCAGUUCAGCCAAUUUCACCACGAAUCGGCUUAACUGAAAUGAAUUAAUGACGCAUAGAAGACGGGCGCGAGAAGGGAUUCGACGGGACCCAAAACCGACGUUUGCCUUCCUCAUUGUAGGCAGUAAAUAUGCCCUGACUCCGUCAUCACAUGUUAACAGUCAGGGGUUGGAAGACUGCCAGCUAGCCUGAUAACUCGCAUCGUAUAUUCAAAGAGGGUUCAAACCACAAGAGCUCCCUCAGAUUUCGGUGCGUGUGAGAUCCAGAACAUAAAGUGUCGCCGAAAUAACUUCCCUGUCCAGUCGUUUAUUCUGUGCGAAAAAUUGAGCGAUAGUGUUUGAACAGAGUUCAUCGUACACACGAGUCUUAUGUGGGAUUACAAUUUAUAGACUUGCGUGCCUGAGGAAGACUGCAAUGGCGAUUUUCCACUUACUGGCCAUAGAAAACUAGUCCCACACAACACCAGAUUUGUGUAAUCUAAGAUUUUCAAAUUCGAUGCUCCAACACUUGAGCCAUCAGCUCGUUGCUGUCGUUGAGACGGGUAAUGAGCUAAUAACGCCCUCACUACUGUACCGCGUGAUCGUCUCUUGCCCAAGUCGUCGCCGAAUGACCAACUGAUCACAGGUGUGCAGUCUGGGACUUGGGAAUCACCGACCUAUGAUUAAUGGUAAUUCAGAAGUGACCACUUCAUUCUCGCCCCUAGCUGUGCCGGUAAACAUUUUCUAGCAUGUCGGUCGCUAUGUGACCGCCUGUCCGGAGAUUGUAGACCCGCAGCAUAAAUCGGUGCACGUCAUGCUUGUGUGACGGCAAAUAUAAACUGGAAGCAGUGUUUGACUGACACGUGACGGGACAGACAAGCUCUUAGCUUGUAGCCACUCAAGUGAGGAUCUGCGAUCCGCCUUCUGUACCCAGGUUGCGUUAGGUGGUUACGCUUCGAUCACGUCGAAUUCACCAGUCGUCGAAGUGCAGUGGUCGGUAAAUCAAGUAUUCCCGGAUCAGACUUCAAGUAAGACAUAGUUACAGUAUUAGGGCCAAAGAGUGUACACGUAGCUCAGCGAACAGUGACAACAACUGUUCCCGUGGGCUGUGCCGGUCUUUGAAGCUGUUCGUCAGGGUGCAAACUGUGUGACUGAACUCUGUGCAGAUAUGCAGAAAUAGCAGUCAACGUCACAGCCGAGUCAUAGGCUCGUACGCAUUGCUUGAAAGGUGGGCUAGAUCGCAGUUGGUAGCCAGGAAUGGGGAAGCGGACGGCGACCUCAACCCUAAUCCUAACCUUAACUGGUAACCCUAACGACAACCUUAACCCUAACUCUAACCGGGAUCGUUAAUGUAACCGUAGCCCUUAGACAAACCUAACCCCAAAAACCGAUGCAUUAAUGGCAUAACCCUAACCCGAAAAUCGGACACCAUUAACCGGUACCCUAAUCCUAACAUCAAACUAAAAUGGAAGCCAAAUGGAUCAGGUGUGAUUAUGUAGCCCCACAAAAACCCCCAGUAAACAAACCCCCAGCCACCCGUAAUACGGGGCCCGGUCACCAACUGCGAUCUAGCCAAAAGGUGUCCUAGAUUGACCGAAGGCGGCUAGGGUAAACGGCCUCAUCGAUGACAACGGGAGCGGUCUGCCAUAUGCCUUUCAUUCUGCAUAAAUCCCAUCCAUAUGCUUAUAGCUGUGUCUUCCGAAGUAGAAUACACUUAGCAAAAUUGUGAGAUCUAUUUGGACGUUUUGCAGUGCAUUGCCAAAUGAAGACCCCCGCUCUGUAACUGUUCGUAGGCUCGACAUAAGAGGCUACAACGAUUGGGGUUUAACUAUGAGCGAAUCCUAAUCUCGGAUAAACUUCCCCGAUGAAGGAGAAGAUGAAGACACCUUUUAGUAGGCCAAAUCAGUUUCUUGAAGGCCUUUGUUUUCAGCCGGAGUGCCUGCCUCCAUGGUAACUGCGUCCAGCGAUUCCCUCAUUGACAGGAAGCUGGUCCAAACGGAAGCCUCCAACUCCUGCCGGAGUCUAAGGCGCCCAGUCAUCAACUGUCUCUCUCUCUCCUCCCCCCACCCUCUCCCUCACCAAAGCACUCCCUCACCAAAAGAGCCGGAAACAAUAAUGUGAAUUCUUCCAGAAACGCGCUUCUCUUGACAGCUUGCCUAAUAAUCACUUACCUCUAGGCUUCCACCAUCCCUGCCUCCCCUCCCUCCUGCCCCUACGGGUCACAGCCCCACUGCCAAUUGAGUCAAGCCCAUUACGCCUCUGUUUGAUCUCUCAGCAGCAGCCGUAGGAGAAGGUGGAGGAGGUGGAGGAGGAGGGCGGGGGAAGGAGUUAGGAAGUACGAGACAGCUGGCAGGACUGUCAUCUUCCAGGCCAUUUGCCGCACAGGACAGACUGCGUGCAGACAAGUGGACACUUAAGGCAAGAACCCCAAUUUCAUCCUGUUCCUCCCUACGAGGAGCAGGAUUUCCGGGGGAGAAGCGCCCAUGAUAGGGAAGGUAAAAUUGGCAAAUUACAGCGGCACUGAGGCAAGCAUAAAAACGGCUGCGUUAGUACCCUGGCCUCCGUUGGUCGUUUGGGUUUUAAAUAUUCAUUCUGGGAGGAGAAGGAGGAGGAGGAGGGCGUUGAAAUGCAAUUUACCGUCCUUGAGGAAAAGCGUGCGCAUGACUUUUUGGCGCAUAAAAUAACAGGAGGGGAGAGGGCCAGUGGGUAAGAAGUUCCCAACCUUAUCAAACAAAAAAAAACAGAAAUUGGGCCUGAGUUAAAUGCCCUCCGUGACCCCACCCCUCACCGCCAGGCGGCCUUUCAUUUGGGAUUAAUUUGCGGACUGUCAGAGCGCAGUUGGCGCCCUUAAUUUUGGCGGUAGUUUGUUUGCAAAGAACUGCAGACUGGUUUCUAACGACACAGUACCAAACACAGAGAAUCCUUACUCCACCCCGGAAUCAGCUAAAUUAGUCAAAUGCCCUUCUUACACGAAUGUGAGUCUGUAGUCCCGGUCUUGGAUCGUUUAGCUCAAGGAACAACUGUGCGCGGGGCCUCAUAUCUCGAAUAGUUGAGACGAGACCGGCCGGAAACUGCAAACAAGCUAGAAUUGACCUUGCAACCUGUCCAACCUUUACUUAUGAUAUUUUUGAUAGACAGUAAAAGCUUUAGAUAGAAGGUCACCGCGGAAAAGCCAAAAGUGUGUAUUCCUUCCUAGAAUCAUGUAGUCUGAAUGAACUCCAUUCUCGUGUGACUUUUCGCAGUAAAGCUGGCCUCAAACUUGACCUUGGCAGGCUUAGUGCGCGCCUUUUGCCGCACCCCUCUCCCAGUCGCCUGGGUCUCUACCUUGUUUUAAUUGAUUUUGCACCUCACAGACUUAUGGUAGAUUCAAGACUGCUCCUCAAAACUGGAUAUCCAUAUUUAUUCGUUGUCUUCCGGUAUCAUAAUUUGGAGAACUAGGGGGAGGAGGAGAAAGAGGGGAAGGGGGAAGAGGAGGAGGAGGAGGAGAAGGAGGUAGAAGAUGAAGGAGAAGAAAAGAAGGAGCAGGCGGAGGAGGAGGAGGAGGAGGAGGAGGAUGAGAAAGAGGAGGAGGAGAAAGAGGAGGAGGAUAAAGAGGAGGAGGAGGAGGCGAGGGAGGAAGAGAGGGAGGAGGAGGAAUGA